AUGAGAAUUGUUUCAGAAUUGAACAGCUUGGUCUCUGAGAUUGAUUAUAUAGAAAAGAAUCUCAAUGUCUUUUCAAAGAAUGGUAAUAAAGAAUUCAUAAUCCAUGUGUCUGAAGAUGAGAUUGACUGCGAUGAAGAAGAAGAAGAAGAAGAAUAUUGUGAAAUAUGUACAGCCAAGAAACGUUUUGCCUACGAUGAGGAUUCAUAUCUGAUGAUCAACGACAAGAGCAAAACCAAAAUCAAGGAAGAUAUUCAGAUUCUUGAAACAGAGAUAUUGCACGAGACUGAAACGUUUCGCUCUGCAAUGUCCCGCGUUGAAAAUUACAGAGAGGAUAGGAGACAAGUGGAACGUAGACUUGAUCUUCAAUAUAAGCGAGAACUUGCUGAAUCACUCGAUACCUAUCUGACUUCAGUCCAACAACAACGUACACAUCAAGAAAAAGAAGCUGAUCAGAGAAAAGCAGCAAAAGUAAAAGAAAAACUUGAGCAAGAGACAUGGAACAACAAUAAUGGUGAUCAAGCUGCGGAAAGAUCCAUGACAUACAUGUUGAAGAAGCUUCACGAGUUAGAAGCAGUGAACCAAUGGCUAAAGUCACGUUCAUGUAAAGACUUUAGCAGCUUUGAGAAGCGUAUCGCAAGAAUCAUAAGGCAAAUCUGCGGGACAGAGGAUAACGUAGUCGCAAGUACCAAUGAGAUUCUAAGAAUAUUCAGAGACCCUUCUUGUCCCUUAUCCAUAAGUAUCUCAGCUUUUGCAAAGAAGAUGGUUUCAGCUUGUGGAAAUCCAUUUGCUUGCAGCUACGUCAUCGUUUACAUCACCUCACAGUUUCCACAAGCGAUGGAUAUUCUUCUUGCUGAAUUCCACAAAGCUUGCAUUUACACAACAGUCCCAAAUCAUAAUAUUGAGUUAGCUUGGGACUUAGACGCAUAUAAACGCCUAGAUUCCAUUAUGAGACUAUACGGUGCACUUGUCCAGACUGAUAUUCGCUGUAACGUUCAUGGGAUUGAACACGGAUGGGUUUGGCUUGCUCGGUUCCUUAACAGAACCAAAGCACACAACAGAGCUACCGCAACUGCUUUAAACGCGUUUCUCCAGACCGCAGGGUUUGGUCUUUAUCAGAGGUACAGAUCUCAGUUCUUGAAACUUCUGAGUGUUGUCAGAGAGCAAUUCUUGGCGAAGUUGAAGGAGGAAAAGGACGUUUCUUCUUCUGGUCUGCAGAUUAUCAUAAACGAUAUCACGGCCUACUUAGAUGACCGGAUGUAUAUCAAGGAACCUCGAGGAAGAACUAUGCUAACGAAUCUUUUGUCUAGGGGAACAAACAAGCAUCAGUAAGGAAGCUCAAA